CCUUCAGUUGGAUGAUUUUACAACAAUACACCUGACUCCCGACCUCGCAUUUAUAGGCGUGUGAGAGGGAAAGUCACUCGAUGACUCCGCUGUGUCUGACUCUAUCCGCUUGACGAAAGGUUGUCUGACGUCGAGGGCUUCUCAAUCUCGCGUGCCGCGCCCAAGCACUAACGGUUGGUGAAGACCGCCAUCGCUCUCAGGCUCCUUAGCAACAUCCCAUCCCAUUCGCAACCAGAUCGUCAACAUGGCUACCGCGGGCCUCGUUCGGCGACAUCCUCUCCAGCGCCUUCCAGCGCCAUCACGUGGCGCGUCAGCCAUCCUUCAUUCUCUCGGAUUGGCAUCCUUUGCAUACUCCUUCUCAUGGCUCGUCCGCAAUCCGAACCCUGUCAACGACUCAUACGGCUGGCACAUGCAAUACCUCACCAUCAUCGGCCUCUCCCUCGCAGCCGCUACCUUCACCGUCGCCUUGCUCGCCGACAUCACCGACAGCCACACCCUGUUCAAGAUUAAGAAUGCCCUCGCCGUGGCCAGUGCGCCAAUGGAGUGCCUCAUCAGCCUGCUGUAUUGGACAUUACGAGCGAUCGACGAGAGUCUCGUCCUGCCAGACUGGGCCGAACCUCUACCUCUCCACACCGAUUUCUCCUUCCAUGCGAUCCCCGCUUUGGCUCUUGUCAUCGACAUUCUCUUCUUCUCCCCGCCUUACACCAUUGCAGUCCUCCCCGCCCUUGCUCUGAGCGGAUGCAUAGCGUUUGGGUACUGGGUUUGGAUUGAGCGGUGCUACCAGUUUAAUCAAUUCUACCCCUACCCGCUGUUUGAGAUUUUGAGUACUCCGCAGCGAGUAGGGCUUUUUGCAUCUUCUGCUCUCUUGAUGACGGGGGUGACUAUGCUGUUGAUUUCCCUGUACGGUCUUUUGAAUGGCAGAGACACUAUCAUCUCGAACGGUGGCGCGACGCGCAAAAUGAGGAGUGGGAACGUGAAGGGUGAAUGAGUCUGCUGUUGCAUAGCCAGAUGGGGCAGACGUGU